AUGGGCCCUGAUCAACGUGCUCAGCUGGAUGGCUUCAGUCUUUUUCUUCCCUUCCCUUAUCGGGUCGCUGUAAUCUUGGUUGCUGGUUUCUGGGGCUGGGGUGCUAACCUUCAAUAUCUCUCCCAAUCUAAUAUUGAUUUGCCAGCGCUCAUCCGUUAUCCUGCUCGUCAAACCGCUAAUCAACCAUCUCAUCACACCUCCACCUACCGUCUUGCGACUCUCCUGACCGUACCCCUCCUGCUCUCUCUCGUCCUCUUUUGGGCGCUCACCCAUGGCUCCGCUGAGCGAGUGGAGUCGUUAGACUUCAUCCCACAGUCAUAUCUAUUCGUCUUUCUCAUCCUUCUAAUCCUCCCCAUCAACCGAUUAUCACGAUCUGGACGAAGUCGAUUCCUUACAACUUUACGGCGUAUUAGUGUGGGAGGUCUGGCGGAAGCCCAAGAUGGGAAGUUUGGAGAUGUUCUGUUGGCAGAUGCGCUCACCAGCUAUGCCAAAGUCCUGGGUGAUCUCUAUGUGACGUUUUGCAUGUUCUUCAGCUCGGAUAUGUCCAGCACAUCCAAGCCGAACCGCACCUGUGGGAACGAUUAUAUUGUGCCGCUUCUCAUCGCCGUUCCCAGCAUCAUCCGACUGCGACAGUGCUUGACGGAAUUUGUUCGUGUGCGUCGAGCUAGCCAGAAAGGCGAGAGUAAAGGAGGACAGCAUCUGGCAAACGCCUUGAAAUAUGCCACCGCGUUUCCUGUUAUCUUCCUCGCAGCCAAGCUCAGGAACUACAACCCUUCAGACUUCUAUUGGCUGAGCGAAAUGAGUAUCUCUCGGCUGCUUGCCUUUUCAAUGUUCGUGAACUCUGCUUACUCCUUCUAUUGGGAUUUGAGUAAGGAUUGGGAUUUAACCCUGUUCACUUCGGCCCGUGAGGCUGCGGAUUAUCCUUAUGGCUUGCGGCGCCACCGCUUUUUCUCGGACCGGCUCUACUAUAUUGCUAUUAUCGUCGACUUUGUCAUUCGGUUUUCGUGGGUCUCGAGACUUGUGCCCGGCUUGACUUGGCUAAGUGAGAAGGAGUGCGGUCUCUUCCUGCUGAUGUCUCUGGAGGUCGCCAGGCGAUGGCUGUGGGUUUUCUUCCGAGCAGAAGCAGAAAUGAUCAGGAAUAGUCGUGGUCCAGCACCAGACGACAUUCUCCUUGGCGACUUCAGCGGCAAGCUGGAUGCAGAUUGA